AUGGAGCUGGAGCGCAACUCUACGUCAGCUAAUUCAUCAGGAUCUGCAUAUGACUCUGUGGAAAUAUUUGUGGAACUUGUGCCUUCCUCCCAAAGUAUCUCACUUUUGUUCAGUUAUACCGCAUCCAUUUCAUCUUUUAUUCAGUGGUUUAAAACCUUUAGUGCCCCUGCUACUGAUGCAUUGAAAAUGAAUCUGGAUGCAGCAAUUAUUGAAGGAGUUUGUUGUGGAUUAGGAAAGGUGCUACGUAAUCAUAAAGGGGAGAUUCUUAUGUCUGCUGCUUUUCGCCUUGACCAUUCUCUUCCACCUGAAGAUGCGGAAGUAGAGGCUGCUUGUCUUGGUAUUCAGCGUGCACGAGAUGCUGGGUUUCGAGUUUUCACAUUAGAAUUUGAUUCCUUCCUUCUCGUUAAUCAUGUGCAGAAGAGAUUGGUGUUGCCUUCGUAUUUGGGAACCAGAAUCCAAUCACUCUUAAUGGAGAUGGAUGAUUGCAGCUUUGUCGAUUGUCUUCAUGUGUUUAGAGAGGCUAAUCUGGUUGCUCAUGCACUUGCAAAAUUUGCAUUGAACCUUGAUGUUGACGAACCCAUUUUGAUGGAAGAGUUUCCUCCUUCCAUAUCUGGUCUUGUAGCUCUGGAUGCUUUGUCCAUCUGA